AUGGCUGGCGAGCCUAGGAAAAGUCUCGCGACACGUUGGCGAACGUGUCCAGUGGCCCAAGCGAAGCCGCCCGCGAGGACCCGAGCCGCGCAGACCGUGACAUUCAGAUUGGAACACCCUUACCAAAACUCGUCUACACAAUUUGCUCAGCUUUCAAUAUCACUUCGAGAGCUUGAUAAUGAUGAUUCUGUUGGUGCCAUCGUUCUCACUGGAAGUCAAAAAGCGUUUGCUGCUGGUGCUGACACCAAAGAAAUGGUGGACCGCGAAUUUGCGCAGACUUUCCGAGGACGAUUCUUGGAAGAGUGGACAGCUUUGAGCGAAACCUCUAAACCGGUCAUUGCCGCUGGGGCUGGUGGUACUCAAAGAUGGGCACGAGUAGCUGGAAAGACAAUGGCCAUGGAAGUAUGUUUGACGGGUAACCGAGUAAGUGCCCAAGAAGCGAAGGAAUGUGGUUUAGUGUCAAAAGAGGCUGUCAACACUGCAUAUGAAACGACACUGAAGGAGGGCCUACGAUAUGAGCGGCGGCUUUUCCAUACUACCUUCGCCACAAACGAUCGCAAAGAAGGCAUGAGCGCAUUUGCUGAGAAGCGUGCGCCAAAGUGGACCUCUAAGUAAAAAUUGAACAAGUUGCUCUACGUGGACAAAAGAAAUCGAUAGGCUUUAUGUUGUCACUCUCAAUAUCAA